UCCAUGUAUGUGCUUGCAUGAUUAAAAUGUCCAGAAAUUAAAAUAAUCAUUCCAAAAUUAGCUCUAUAUAUCAAAACCCUUUCCUCGUUUCUCCACCACCAACGAAGACAAGAGCCUGCUCAAUUUCUCUAUUGUUUUUUUCCGACAGCCAAAAAGAAAGUUAAAAGAGAGACCAAUGGCAGCUCUUAAGACAUUGCAAGCUAUGAUCUUUCUUGGUCUAUUGGCCACGUCCUGUAUCGCUCAAGCUCCUGCUCCAGCACCCAUCAUGCCUCUCCCACCGGUAGAGUCUCCUUCUCCCAUUAUUACACCAACCGCUGAGCCACCAUCUCCGGUACCGGUUGCUUCACCACCGGUUAUGGUUACCGAGCCAACUCCAGCUCCGGCGACUCCUCCCACCGUCUCAUCACCAACAAAGUCUCCUAAAACUUCCCCUGUCGCUUCUCCCCCCAAACCAGAAGGUAUGGCUCCAAGCCCAUCAGUCCCAGAACCAACACCAACACCAGCUCCGGCUCCUGAAGGACCAAUUGCUGACUCAGCAUUUACUAACAAAGCUUUCCUUGUGAGCACCGCCAUUGCCGGAGCCUUGUACGCCGUCGUUUUGGCUUAAGAUAGCCUUGAGUAAAUUACACUCUCUCUCUCUUUCUCUCUCUCUCCUCUGUUCUUUCUUAUCAUGAUUGGUUUGACGGAUCUCUCUGUUUUCUAUUUUUCUCUAAAUACAUUUUGUGCUCACUUCCACUUUGUUGAUGUUUCUUUUUUUCUCGUCUUUUGAUUCUUUUUAACUCUGAUGGACAAUGAAACAACUCCACUCAUUCUUCUUGUUACAUCAUUGUGCCACUAAUAAAAUUGAAAUCACUAUCUAGGCUUUGACUUUA